AUGGCCGUCACAGACGCCAUGACCGACCUCAUCAAGUCCGUCGGAGAGCUACUGUCCUCUGUCUCGGACGCCGCCUACGCCAUCGUCCAUUCCUUCGUCAGCGGCAUCUUCAACCUCUUCGCCGGCUUAUACGCCUUCCUAAGUGACCUCGGCAAGGGCGUGUUCGACCUGGCCGGCGGGGUCGGCAAGUUCAUCGCAGGAAAUGCCGUCAUCAUCGUCGUUCUCGUCGCCGCAGUGUUCGCAUACACUCGCUUCGUCCGGACUCCGCAGGCCCAACAGGCUCAGGGCCGCAAACCCGCCGUGACAAAGGAGGUCGGUGCCGGCAAGAAGACGAACUGA